AUGUCCUGGAACCUGCGCACUGCUCUCAUUUUCGGCGGCUUCAUCUCCCUAAUUGGAGUCACCUUCUACCCCAUCUACUUCCGGUCCUUAAUGCGGCUGGAGGAGUACAAGAAGGAACAAGCCAUUAAUCGAGCUAGCAUUGUUCAAGAAGACGUGCAGCCACCAGGGUUGAAAGUGUGGUUGGCUCCAUUUGGCUGGAAAUGA